CUUUCUCUCUUAGAACUCAGUUGAAAACCCCAAAAACACAAGAAAACCCAAGCCUCUAGUGAUUGAAGCUAGAAACAGAAAGAUAUGAUCUAACUUCAUUUUCUUUUCUUUUGUCGGGCUUUCAAUUUCUUGCAUGUUGAUGCUCUUUGGUAGCUUUAGCUCGCUACUUCCACUCACUUCAAACUCUCUUCGACUUUCUUAUGGCUAAUAACCCCCACGAAGCUCCCGCCGAUGAUUUCCUUGAGCAAAUCCUUGGUCUCCCUAACUUCGCGCCUUUGGAGGCGGGAUCGGCUGGACCCGACGGUGGAUUGGCUGGAACCGCUGCGGGUGCUGCGGCGCCAAUGUUUCUACAGCUCAACUCCGGUGAUGGCGCCGGACAUCUCGGCGGAGGUGGUGCGUUUCCUGGACAGGUUUUUCCGUUGGGGUUGAGCUUGGACCAAGGAAAAGGCGGGUUUUUGAAGCCCGACGAAGCUUCAGGCAGCAGCAAGCGGUUUCGUGACGAAGUCGUCGAUGGCAGGGCUUCUUCCGUAAAAAACAUUUUCCAUUGCUCUCCAAUGCCUGCAAAUGUUGCUCCAUCACCACAUCCACCAACAAUGCGUCCGAGGGUGCGGGCUAGACGAGGACAGGCCACAGAUCCACAUAGCAUUGCUGAACGGUUGCGCAGGGAAAGAAUUGCUGAAAGAAUCAGAGCAUUACAAGAACUUGUUCCUAGUGUUAACAAGACUGAUAGGGCAGUCAUGCUUGAUGAAAUUGUAGAUUAUGUGAAGUUCCUGAGGCUCCAAGUUAAGGUUUUGAGCAUGAGUAGGUUGGGAGGGGCAGGUGCAGUGGCACCACUCGUGACGGACAUACCAUUAUCAUCGAUUGAGGAUGAAAACGGUGAGGGUGGAAAGAGUCAACCGGCGUGGGAGAAAUGGUCAAACGACGGCACAGAGCAACAAGUAGCCAAGCUCAUGGAAGAGAACGUUGGAGCUGCCAUGCAAUUCCUCCAAUCAAAGGCCCUUUGCAUCAUGCCCAUCUCAUUGGCCACGGCAAUCUACCCCGCUCAACCGCCGGAUACCUCCUCCGUCUUUAAGCCCGAAACGAAUCCCCCUUCAUAGAAAGAAAGGAAACGGAAAUAAGGGUAAGCAUCCCACAGUCUCGUGCUGGGUCCCGCAUCACAAAAAUAAAGUCAGAUGCUUUGCCAUUCUCUUCCACCACCACCACCUUUUGUUUUGUUUUUCAAACGGGGUUUGAUGUCUGCCUAAGAAAAUACCGGCAGGCCCUUCAUGUCUUGACAAGUUAAAAAGUUGAAAAAAAAGAGGCGGUGGGGGGGAGGAAUUGUCAACCUCACUUGAUAUGCUAUUCCUCUUUUUUGUUUCAAAGGUGAGGUUAGUGGACAAUGAUGGAAGCACUUUCAUAGUGGGGGGGGCUCUGAUUUUCGGUUAGUGGGUUGUCGGCCAUACAAAAUAUAUUAUAUACAUAUAGUGUUAUUGUAACACUGGUGUUUUCCGAGGAAAGAAAUGCACAGUAGUAGGAGAAUGGAUAAUGGUUGGCUACUCUAAAAUGCUUGUUGCUUUGUGUCCAACUGAUAUUUGAUAAUGCCAAACUUUGUUUACUUAGAGUAAUUUGACUUGCCUUUUCCUAGUUGUAAUGGGAUAUCAUUAUUACUAUAUUGGAUCGGACGGAGGGCGUCGAGAUGAUUGGCCGG